AAAUUGCUGAAUAUAGGCUAAUAUCGCCGUAAUAUCGAAUCUAAAUAGGGAAAAUGGAUGAAGUUCAAAAACUCGAAUAUCUAUCAUUAGUAUCAAAAGUCUGUACAGAGCUAGAAAAUCAUCAUGGUUUGAAUGACAAGGAUUUGGCUGAGUUUAUCAUCAACCUAGCAGAGAAGAAUGACACUUUUGAUUCUUUCAAAAAAGUACUCUUUGAAAAUGGGGCAGAAUUUUCUGACUCCUUCAUAUCAAACUUGCUGCGUAUCAUCCAACAUAUGCGUCCCAAGCCGGCAGCGACCACUGGUGCCAAUGAAGAUACAAAGACGGACAAGCUGGCCAAACAGUUUCCUGGCCUCGCACUGCCCAAUGAUGGGCCUUUCUUUGACGAUGACGGCGGUGGUGGGGAGAAAAAGAAGAAAAAGAACAAAGAGAGUGAAGCUGAUGUAGUGGAUGAUGCUAUGGCUGCCUUGGAAGCGUUGGCUCCCUCUCAAAUGAUGCUCAGUGUAAAUGAACCGAAGGUUAAAAAAGAACCUCUUAGUAGCGGUGAUUCUGAACCCGAAGAUAAGGUAAAACCUAACAGAGCGUUAAAAGAAGAAAGACGAAGUCACAGCAGGGACCGAAGUAGGAAAGAUAGAGAUAGAAAAAGGGACAAGAGUAGGAGUAGAAGUCGAGAAAGACAUGGAAGGAAAAGGGAUAGAAGCAAGGAUAGGAAGAGGUCAAGAAAAAGUAGGAGCAGAAGUAGAAGCAGGAGUAGGCAAAGACGAAGUAGAAGUAGAGACAAAAGGAGAAGAAGCAGAGAUAAAAGUCGAGACAAGUACAAAGAGAAAAGAGAUAAACGCAGGAGCAGAACACCUGAUGAAAAGAAAAAGAAGAAAAGGAAAGAUUCAAGUGACGAGGAAUCGGACGGAGGGGAUGCCAAGUCUAAACAGUUUCCUGAGGAGCCAGAAGUAGGAAAGAUUUAUGCUGGCAAGGUUGCCAACAUUGUACAAUUUGGCUGCUUCGUACAACUAGAGGGCCUAAAACGUCGGUGGGAAGGGUUGGUACAUGUGAGUCAACUGAGGAGGGAAGGCAGAGUUACCAACGUAAGCGAUGUAGUUGUACGCGGCAGCAAAGUCAGGGUGAAAGUUCUCUCUGUAACCGGACAGAAAGUUUCUCUCUCAAUGAAGGACGUGGAUCAAGACACUGGACGAGAUUUGAACCCCACUAGUCAUAGUCAUCUUAAUAGAGAAAGGGAUGAGGAGACUGCUCAUCGUAACCCUGACAGGCCUACGUCACUGUUGCAACUGCAGGGAGCUUUGGAGUCUGACGAGACUAACAGCCGUAAGAGGGUUAACAGGAUCUCAUCCCCCGAGAAGUGGGAAUUAAAACAGAUGUUGUCGGCAAGUUGCAUAGACAAAAGCGAGCUGCCAGAUUUUGACGAGGAGACAGGAUUGCUGCCGAAGGAGACGGCAGAAGAGGAAGACAUCGAGAUAGAAAUGGUUGAAGAAGAACCACCCUUUCUGCAAGGCCACGGACGCAACCUGCACGAUCUCAGUCCGGUGAGGAUCGUAAAGAACCCUGAUGGAUCGCUAGCCCAGGCGGCCAUGAUGCAGAGUGCCUUGGCCAAGGAACGGAGAGAAGUGAAGAUGUUGCAGAGAGAGCAGGAGAUGGACUCUGUACCUACCGGGCUCAGCAAGAACUGGACAGAUCCCUUACCAGAGAGUGAUGGAAGAGCACUGGCAGCCAACAUGAGAGGCAUUGGGCUGACAAACCAAGAUCUGCCUGAGUGGAAGAAACAUGUGAUCGGAGGCAAGAAGAGCUCCUUCGGAAUGAAGACGAAUAUGACACUGCUGGAACAGAGACAGAGUCUGCCGAUAUACAAGCUGAAGGAUGAACUGACUAAGGCAGUUACUGACAACCAAAUCCUGAUUGUCAUUGGAGAGACUGGUUCAGGAAAAACAACUCAGAUUACACAGUAUCUCGCUGAAGCCGGGUUCACAGCCCGAGGGAAGAUAGGUUGCACGCAGCCACGUCGUGUAGCUGCCAUGUCGGUGGCCAAGCGAGUGGCAGAAGAGUUUGGUUGUAGGCUCGGCCAAGAGGUUGGAUACACUAUCCGUUUCGAGGAUUGCACCAGUCCUGAAACAGUCAUCAAAUAUAUGACAGAUGGUAUGUUGCUGAGAGAAUGCCUUGUGGAUUUGGACUUGAAGAGUUACUCCGUCAUCAUGUUGGACGAAGCCCAUGAGAGAACAAUCCACACUGAUGUACUUUUUGGCCUACUGAAGCAAGCUGUCAAGAAGCGAGCAGAGCUGAAGUUGAUUGUCACUUCAGCCACCCUCGAUGCGGUGAAGUUCUCACAGUACUUCUUUGAAGCACCAAUCUUCACUAUCCCUGGUCGGACUUUCCCAGUCGAGGUAUUAUACACCAAGGAGCCAGAGACUGACUAUCUAGAUGCUUCUCUCAUCACAGUGAUGCAGAUACAUCUCAGAGAACCACCAGGAGACAUCCUUCUCUUUCUUACAGGUCAGGAGGAAAUUGACACAGCUUGUGAGAUACUCUAUGAACGUAUGAAGUCUCUAGGUCCAGACGUUCCUGAACUGAUCAUCCUCCCUGUGUAUUCUGCGCUGCCUAGUGAAAUGCAGACUCGGAUCUUUGAAGCUGCUCCUCCAGGAUCUCGUAAGGUUGUCAUCGCUACCAACAUAGCUGAGACAUCAUUAACUAUAGAUGGUAUCUACUAUGUGGUUGACCCUGGAUUUGUCAAGCAAAAAGUCUACAACUCCAAGACGGGGAUGGACUCUUUAGUAGUCACUCCAAUAUCCCAGGCCCAAGCCAAACAGAGAGCCGGUAGAGCUGGACGUACAGGUCCUGGAAAGUGUUAUCGUCUGUACACUGAAAGAGCGUACAGAGAUGAGAUGUUGCCUACACCAGUGCCAGAGAUUCAGCGGACAAACUUGGCUACCACGGUGCUCCAGUUGAAGACGAUGGGUAUCAACGACCUUCUACACUUUGACUUCAUGGACGCCCCUCCUGUAGAGAGCUUGAUCAUGGCUUUAGAGCAGCUUCACUCUCUCAGUGCAUUGGACAACGAGGGUCUACUGACUAGGCUGGGGAGACGGAUGGCUGAGUUUCCUCUAGAACCGAAUCUUUCCAAAAUGCUUAUAAUGUCGGUUCAUGUUCAGUGUUCCGAUGAAGUUCUUACAGUGGUCUCUAUGUUGUCGGUGCAGAAUGUCUUUUACAGGCCGAAAGACAAGCAAGCCCUGGCAGAUCAGAAGAAGGCCAAGUUUAACCAACCAGAAGGAGACCAUCUUACUCUUCUGGCUGUUUACAACUCUUGGAAGAACAACAAGUUCAGUAACGCCUGGUGUUACGAGAACUUUGUACAGAUAAGGACUCUCAAACGAGCCCAGGACGUGAGGAAGCAACUACUGGGGAUUAUGGAUCGGCACAAACUGGACGUGGUGUCAGCAGCCAAAAACACAGUCCGGGUCCAGAAGUGUGUUUGCUCCGGGUUCUUCCGGAACGCAGCCAAGAAGGAUCCACAGGAAGGAUACAGGACUUUGGUGGACAGUCAAGUUGUCUACAUUCACCCAAGCAGUGCUUUGUUCAACAGACAACCAGAGUGGGUGAUUUAUCAUGAGUUGGUGCAAACGACCAAAGAAUACAUGAGAGAAGUAACCACUAUUGAUCCCAAAUGGCUGGUUGAGUUUGCCCCGGCGUUCUUCAAAUUCUCCGAUCCGACGAAACUGAGCAAAUUCAAGAAGAACCAACGACUCGAACCUCUCUACAAUAAAUACGAGGAACCCAACGCUUGGAGAAUAUCUCGAGUCAGAAGAAGAAGAAAUUAGGCCUAAACUGUUUUCAUGAAAGUCAGUAAACUCACAUUCUUGGACAGAUUUUUAAUGUAAUAAUAUUUGUAGCAAAUAUUAUUGUAAUUCUAUUUGUCUUGCUCGUGGUGUAAAUAUUGUAAAUAUUUAUACAAAUUUUACUUUUUGCAAGCCUACAUACGAGGGGCACAUAAAUGUGUUUAAUUUAAUUAUUGUAUUUGAUCAAGUGUUGUAAUUUAUAUGAAUAUAAUUUUUUAAUGUA